AUGAGCAGCCUCGAGCUCAUCAACCCCCGCGCCGAGAGCGUGCGCCGGACACAGGCGCUCCAGGUCAACACAGCUGGUGCUGUCGGUCUCGCGAAUGUCGUCAAGAGCAACCUCGGCCCGCGUGGCACGAUCAAGAUGCUUGUUGACGGUUCGGGCCAGAUCAAGAUGACCAAGGACGGCAAGGUCCUUCUCUCCGAGAUGCAGAUCCAGAACCCCACUGCUGCGAUGAUUGCGCGCACGGCCGUUGCGCAGGACGAGCAGGUUGGCGACGGCACGACCCAGGUUGUGCUCCUUGUUGGCGAACUCCUCAAGCAGGCCGACCGCUACAUCCAGGAGGGUGUGCACCCUCGUGUCAUUGGUGACGGUUACGACAUUGCGAAGAAGGAGGCACUCGCCUUCCUCGACUCGUUCAAGCAGACGCCUGCUCUUGACCGCGCCAACCUCAUCAACGUUGCGCACACCUCGCUCUCGACCAAGCUUUACGCCCAGCUUGCGCGCAAGCUCGCCAACGACGUCACUGACGCCGUCCUUGCAAUCCAGCCACCUGCGCCCCUCGUCGAUUCGCCAGACGCCAAGGCGUACCGCCAGCCCAUCGACUUGCACAUGAUCGAGGUCAUGAAGAUGCAGCACCGCACCGAAACGGACACGACGCUUAUCCGCGGUCUCGUCAUGGACCACGGCGCCCGCCACCCGGACAUGCCGAAGCGUGUAGAGAACGCGUACAUCCUCACCCUCAACGUCUCGCUCGAGUACGAGAAGACCGAGGUCAACUCGGGCUUCUUCUACUCGUCAGCCGAGCAGCGCGAGAAGCUUGUCGAGUCGGAGCGCCGCUUCCUCGACGACCGACUGAAGAAGAUUGUCGAGCUCAAGAACUUUGUGUGUGACCAGUCGAUGAACGACGACGAGAAGCCGCGCGGCUUUGUUAUUGUCAACCAGAAGGGUAUCGACCCCAUGUCGCUCGAUGUGCUCGCCAAGAACGGUAUCCUUGCCCUCCGCCGUGCCAAGCGGCGAAACAUGGAGCGCCUCCAGCUCGCCUGUGGAGGUAUCGCGCAGAACUCGGUCGAGGAUCUCUCCCCUGACAUCCUCGGCUGGGCCGGCCUUGUGUACGAGCACACGCUCGGCGAGGAGAAGUACACCUUCAUCGAGGACGUCAAGGAGCCCAAGAGUGUCACCAUGCUCAUUAAGGGACCCAACGCGCACACCAUGAACCAGAUCCAGGAUGCGCUGCGCGACGGCUUCCGAGCCGUCAAGAACGCGAUCGAGGACAAGUGCCUCAUCCCGGGUGCCGGUGCGUUUGAGAUUGCCUGCUCGACCUACCUGGAAAACGAGGUCAAGGCCAAGGCCAAGGGGCGUACCAAGCUCGGUGUGCAGGCAUUUGCAGAUGCGCUGCUCGUGAUCCCCAAGACGCUGGCGGCGAACGGUGGUUUCGAUGUGCAGGACACGAUUGUCGCUUUGCAGACCGAGGCCGAGGAGACUGACGACCCCGUCGGCCUGGACCUCAAGUCUGGCGAGCCAAUGAACCCUGUGACCGAGGGCGUGUGGGACAACUACCGCGUCAAGCGGCAGAUGUUGCACUCUUGUUCGGUUAUUGCGGUCAACCUGCUCGGUACCGACGAGAUUCUGCGCGCAGGCCGGUCAUCGCUCAAGCCCGGUCCUGAUGGCAUGUAA